ACUGCUGUCAUGGCUGCUAUGCAGAAGCUUAUGAAGUGUGUUGUGUCUCCCACGGGGAAGCACUCCGCUUCGGUUAUAUUUCUGCACGGUUCAGGUGACACUGGGCAAGGGUUAAGAGCCUGGGUUCAAGAUGUGAUGAUGCCUGGUCUGACUUUUGAUCACAUUAGAGUCAUUUACCCCACAGCCCCAGCAAGACCAUACACGCCGAUGUACGGAGCUCUGUCCAAUGUUUGGUUUGACCGUUACAAGAUCUCAAACAACUGUCCAGAGCACCUACAAUCCAUAGAUGCCAUGUGUUGCGCCUUAGGGGCCAUCAUUCAGGACGAAGUCAGCGCCGGAAUCCCCAAACAUCGUAUAAUUAUCGGGGGCUUCUCCAUGGGUGGAGCUAUGGCCAUCCACUUGGUGUGUCGGUACCAUCCUGAUAUAGCUGGGGUUUUUGCACUGUCCAGUUUCCUGAAUAAAGACUCUGUUGCUUUUAAGGCAGUGGAGGAGCGGGUUAGAGCAGGACACGUCCUCCCGGAGUUGCUCCAGUGCCAUGGGACAAGUGAUGAGCUGGUGCUUCAUCAUUGGGGAGAGGACACAUCAAUGUUGCUGCAGAAGGCUGGGAUGACGACCGCUUUCCACUCCCUACCCGGUCUCUACCACCAACUCUCCCUGCCUGAGAUGGAGCUGCUGAAAGCCUGGAUUCUCCACAAACUUCCACCCAGCUCAUCUUGACCACCUUCAUCUCCCCAUUGUGUGUAAUUUUAGCAAUAAAUAUUUUUUGUUUGGUGUUUAUUGUUGCGACACUUCAUUUACAAACAAUGUACAGGUUUUAAACCACAAAACAAAUAUUGUUUGAACAUAUUAUACCAUAUUCAAUUUAAACUCAAAGGUAUUUGCAAUGGUAAUUUUGAAGUUGAAUGCCUGGCCUAAAGGUAGUACAAUUAGG